GUCUCUCCCUUUCCCUCACAUGUUUUUUCUCCUUCUCCUUCAAUCCCUUCAUCCCAAAAUUAUGGUCUCUACUUAACAUUUUGUCUUUCCUGUAGUUCAGGAAGUACGGCUACAACAUGACUCAUGUAAAGACAAGAGUAUUUCAAAUGGUCAACCAUAUGAAUGUGCUUUACAAAGUUUUAAAUAUUCACGUAGCAUUGAUUGGCCUAGAAAUUUGGUGUGACGAAGAUAAGAUUGUGGUCAAUUCAUCAGCCGGCAUCACUUUGCGUCGCUUUUCAGAGUGGAGGCAGUCAGUUCUGCUGAAGCGCAAAAGGAAUGAUAAUGCUCAAUUGCUCACGGAUAUUGACUUCACUGGACCAACUGUAGGAUUGGCUUAUGUGGGAACCAUGUGCAGUUCUAGCCAUUCGGUGGGAGUUGUUCAGGAUCACGACAGCAGCCCACUUACUGUUGGGGCUACAAUGGCCCAUGAGAUGGGCCAUAAUUUUGGCAUGAAUCAUGACAAAAGCUCCUGUACCUGUAGGUCUGCCCCAUGCAUUAUGAGUGACAUGAUCAGCUAUAAAACUCCCCAGCAUUUCAGCUCUUGUAGUCUCCAGGAUUAUGAGAAGUAUAUCAUGGACCGAACCCCACUAUGCAUUAUCAACAGGCCCUUGAGCAAAGAAAUUGUUGCAACCCCAGUCUGUGGGAACGACUUUGUGGAGGAGGGAGAAGAAUGCGACUGUGGCUCUCCAAAGGACUGUAAAAAUGAGUGCUGCGAAGCUGCAACUUGUACGCUGAAACCUGGUGCAAAGUGUGGAUAUGGCCAGUGUUGUGAGAAUUGCCAGUUUAUUUGACCCUUAUGAACAUGUCCAUGUGGAGCACAUUUUAGCAAAACUUCAG